AUGGAAUUCGGCGAUUUUCUCGACUUUUUCGGAUUUUUGAGUAGAUUUGAGAAUAGUGGAUGAUUCCCGUCGGUUCAGAUCGAUGGGAGCAUGAUUAAAAUCCAUGAAUCUAAGUGAAAUGGGAUAAUUCUCAAUCUUACUCGGCUCUUGCACAGCUGAGGUAUGUAUGUUUCGUAUUUUUGUUGCGCUUGCAUCGUUUUAAUAAUUUUUUUUUGAAGUAUGGGACGUCCAGAGUUCAAUCGUGGAGGUGGCGGAGGUAUGUUGCAGUUUUUGUCGGAAAUCACUGGAUUUUCUUGAAAAAAUCAAUAAAAUUUCCUAUUUAUAUUUUUUGACAGGUUUCCGUGGAGGACGCGGUGGCGGUGAUCGCGGAGGAUUCGGUGGUGGCCGCGGAGGCGGUGAUCGCGGAGGAUACGGUGGUGGCCGCGGAGGCGAUCGUGGAGGCUUCAGAGGCGGGCGCGGUGGAGGAUUUGGUGGUGGUGACCGCGGAGGAUUCGGUGGUGGUGACCGCGGAGGAUUCCGUGGAGGAAGAGGCGGUGGUGACCGGUAGGAUAUCUCGAGUACUUCGGAAAAAACUAAUUUCUUGUUUUAGUGGUGGUUUCGGAGGCCGUGGAUCCCCGAGAGGAGGAUUCGGCGGACGUGGAUCGCCAAGAGGAGGAAGAGGUUCCCCACGUGGAGGACGUGGAGGAGCCGGUGGAAUGCGCGGAGGAAGGACCGUUGUUGUCGAGCCACAUCGUCUCGGGGGAGUCUUCAUUGUGAAAGGAAAGGAGGAUGCUCUUGCUACCAAGAACAUGGUGGUGGGAGAGUCUGUGUACGGAGAGAAGAGGGUGUCUGUUGAUGACGGCACUGGCUCGAUUGAGUACCGUGUCUGGAACCCAUUCCGUUCUAAGCUCGCUGCUUCCAUCAUGGGCGGUCUUGAGAACACCCACAUCAAGCCAGGAACUAAGCUUCUCUAUCUCGGAGCCGCUUCUGGAACUACCGUGUCUCACUGCUCCGAUGUCGUUGGACCAGAAGGAAUCGUCUACGCUGUCGAGUUCUCGCACAGAUCCGGACGUGAUCUUUUGGGAGUUGCGAAGAAGAGACCGAAUGUGGUUCCAAUCGUCGAAGACGCCAGACAUCCACACAAGUACCGUAUGCUCGUCGGUGAGUUCAUGCUUCGAGUAUUUCUUAUUUUUUUGUUCUUAUUCAGGAAUGGUUGACGUGAUCUUCUCUGAUGUCGCUCAACCGGACCAGGCUCGUAUUGUUGCCCUGAACGCCCACAACUUCCUCCGGAACGGUGGACACGCCGUCAUCUCGAUUAAGGCUAACUGCAUCGACAGUACCGCUGAGCCAGAGGCUGUCUUCGCUGGAGAGGUCAACAAGCUGAAGGAAGAGAAGUUCAAGCCGCUCGAACAGGUUACCCUUGAGCCGUACGAGAGAGACCACGCUGUGGUCGUCGCUACGUACCGCCCAGUCAAAGGAAAGAAGGUCUGAUCUCAUUAAUCAUUGUUUUUCUUUGUUACGUUGUUAUAUGUGUAUCUCCCAUCCUUAUCGUUUACACUUGUUUUACUUGUUCCUCAAUAAAUUUGUUGCUGAUGUUACUUAGGAUUCUUAGGACCUUUUUCUUAUCUUGGUUUUGUACCAUGCUUAUCUCUUUUCCUUAUAUUGUCUAGUAAUUUUGUCUAAUCCGUUUUUGUAGGGUAAUGGCGUCUACCGUGCAAUCGGUUCAGACCUUCGGUCGCAAGAAGACUGCUACCGCUGUCGCUCACUGCAAGAAGGGACAAGGACUCAUCAAGGUCAACGGCCGUCCUCUGGAGUUUUUGGAGCCCCAGAUCCUCCGCAUCAAGCUUCAGGAGCCGCUUCUUCUCGUCGGAAAGGAGCGUUUCCAGGACGUUGACAUCAGAAUCCGUGUCAGCGGAGGAGGACAUGUCGCCCAGAUCUAUGCUGUCCGUCAGGCCCUCGCCAAGGCUCUGGUAAGAAAGCGGAAAUCACUUCGAAAGAUUCGAUAGUGUCUCUUCAGGUUGCCUACUACCACAAGUACGUUGAUGAGCAGAGCAAGAGAGAACUGAAGAACAUCUUCGCCGCCUACGACAAGUCCCUCUUGGUCGCUGACCCAAGACGCCGCGAGUCGAAGAAGUUCGGAGGACCAGGAGCCCGUGCUCGCUACCAGAAGUCUUACCGUUAA